AUGGAUCCGACGUCCAAGGCCUUUCUCGGCGUCUGCGGCUACUGCGCGACCGAACUUGCGCCGCACCAAGUUCACUACCAUUACAUCGAGCGGCACAAGGUCGACUGCCUCAACUGCCGCGAAUCGCUCGCGCCGGGUGUCUACUACAAGAGCCGCUACGAUACAGUCGCCUUUGACACGCCGCUCCGCGACAUUCUCAACAAGUGCCCCCACCGCGCUUGCAGGCGACGAUGGUCCCGCGAAGACAUGUACCGCAUCCACCUCCUCGGUGGCGCGAUCCGUUGCGCUGGCUGCGGCAACACAGUAGCCUACGAAACGUACCAGAUCGCCCUCUUUCUCCAGGAGUACCCGCUGCUGCAGUACGACAGCCAGCUCACCGCGACGGGCUCCUACAUCAGUCACGUGCGCACGCCGAGGUCGCUACCUCGCGACGGCCGCUGGUCCUCGUUCGAUCGCGAAAUGGACGCGCUCAUCCGUGCCAAGCAGGUGACGCUCAAGAUGUUUGAAGCUAUGAGCCUCCGCAAUUCCUGGCUGGCGGCACGGCGCAUGAUCCAGACGCACGCCCUCGGCGCGUUUCCGGUCGACCUCGUACAGGCCAUGACGCGCGAUCUAGCGUUCAUUGAGGCCAUCGACCUGCAUUUUGAGUAUUGGACGCACCCGCCCGUCGUUGCCGCGGCCAUUCGUCGCUACGAGCACUUUAUGGCGCUCCGAGGGCCGCACCUUACGCCGACGGUCGACGUGGAGCUCGUCUGGCGAGUGCAUCGGUUGUCGCUCGACAGCUAUGCGAUCUACUCACGUGCGUUGUGCAAGCACGUGCGACCGCCGUAUCGCCACGAAGCAAGAACGCCAGACGAAGCGAUUGAGGACUACUACAAGACGUGUGCCGCCUGGCACAAGGCCUACAAGACACCGUACUCGUCGCAUGUACCCGAUCGCGCGCCAAGCAAGAUGACGCGGCUGUUGGCGCACGGCGACUCGCGCUUCCACGGCGUUGACGAGUUGUUUGCGCCGAGCGAGCUCCAGUAUGCGUCUGCGUUGGUGCACGACACGAGCGGCAACAAGGUCGCUGUGAGCGUCAUUGGAAGUCCCGCGGGCACCGCUAUGCAAGCGACUCGGUUCCAAGACCCCGCAAACAACGAAGCAGGACAGUUGGUGCAUGAAUAA